CCGUCCGCGUUUAGCGUCCAAUCGUUGUUUGGUUCCGCGCCUCCCUCCCAUGCGUGGAGUGAGCUCCGACUCCUAAACAAGCCAUGUCGCAGCCUCGGCGGCAAGGUAGCGACAAUACCACCAUCAACCAGCUACCUGCACCCCUUCCCACGUUACCUACAGCCAAGCACCAAAGCACGGUGCACUCUCCAUUGUCAUUACCCAGCGAUUUGAUUCCUCGCGACUAUCUGGGCCCACGUUCUGACGGACAGGCUUUGCGUUCUGGGGCUGCCAUUGCUUCCCCCCGCAAACCUACGCCAUCUCCUCUUCAAACGAACGUACACUUCCCAUCGCCCCGACAAGUCAGCGCCAGUCCAUCGCAGACUCCGCUAUCUCCGAAGUCAUUCAGUAGUCCUUCCAUGUUCAAGAGCAACUAUACGACAAAUCAUACAGCAUAUGCGACAAUUCAGACUCCUUCCUCGGAUACCCAUUCACAGACAUCCAGCGGAUCGGAAGCGGUCGUGAGAGACACUUGGGAUAGUCUCAAGCAGUAUGAUAUGAAUGAUAAAAUGAGUGAUAAUCGGGCGCAGCAGAUACCAGAUCAGACAGGUUCCAGGAUGUCUUCUCCUACCUCGCCAGCCAAUUCUCUUCAAUCGCCCUCCGGAAAUCGUCCGGGUCAGCGUAUGAUGCCCCGAACCUCCUCCAUUGAUUCGGCCAUCUCGUCGAUUUCAUCCGCUUCUCAAACUCACAAGUCUUCAUUCGAUGCCAAUGCGCUAAGUCAGGCUGAUAUCGGAAAUUUGAUAGCGACUGCUGGGUCAGCUGAGGCUGUGAUUAUACACCUCCUGAAGGAAAAGCAUCAUGCGGCCUCUCAAAAUUCGCAGCUCUGGCGAUUGGUUGAUAAGCAGCGUACACUCAUUUUAGGCUUGAAUAAAGAUCUUGAACGUGCUUUGAAAGAGAAGGAACGCUACAGGAAAAAGGUUAAAGAGUUGCAGAGUUCCCCGCCGCCUUUACCAUCCACUAUCGACUCGAAACUGCGAUCACGAGACAGCGAAAGCAGCGGCACGUUGACCAGCCAUGGACCUGCCCGAAAAAGCCAGGCGCACAAUCGCGGUGGGCAUUCGGACAGCAUAGACUCCGACAAUCUGGGUCAGGGCUUUACUCUUAUACAGUCCGCCGCUGUCGAGAAACAAGAUUCGCCUAAUUCGGCUUCGCUACAAGGCCUCGGUGUAGGCCAGUUGCCAUCACAUACAGGCAAGGAGCGUACCGUGAGCGAUUCCAUUAUUCUUGAUGAUCGGCAAGCCGAAACGCAAAGCAAUCCAUCACUGGUAUAUACACGGCGAGAAUUGUCGACAGCGAGUCCAACAUCUUCGAGUGGUUCAAGAUCUCCCGUCGAUAGCACUGCACCAGGGCAGGAUAAGCAGCAGGAUGUGCCCCCUCCGGUCCGGAAACCUCCGCCUGCUCCCUUGAAUCUUUCCCAGAAAGAUAUAUCAACAGAGCCUGAUAUAUAUGACUCUGACUCUGAGUAUGAGGAUGUAUUGGCUGCGGAUGAGUUGCCAAUGGAGCGCGGGCGGAGAAGGACGAGAGAUGAUGACGAUCGAGAACGCGAGGCAGCCCUCAACAGAGACCAAGAGAGCCUACAGGACCCUGGAAGCCAAGGAAGCAAUUCACAUAGUUUGGCGGCUGUGGAAUCGCUGUCAAACCCGCGACAAGCACAGCCUUCGAUUGACCAUUCAGAAUCAUCCGCGUCCAGUCCCCGUACGAGACAUAAUGGACCACUUGGCGACCUUCCUAGCAUCAGUAUUCCAAAGAGUCCCGGUUUGCCAGUCAGCCCACGGCCCGAGGACCGCCCGCUGGGUUCUCCGUUGCCGCGCUUACCCAGGGAAAUUCCUGGUGCUCUAUCGUCUUUGCCCAUGUCGUCUGAGAGUAACCUUUCCGGAUUGGCACUGUCGCCGCGCACUGGCCAGCAUCAGAAUCCUUUUUCUGCAGGGACCCCUUCUAAUUUAAUCCCAAGUAGUUCUGCAUAUUCUUCCAUGUCAGUCGAUGCUCACAAUCGGCCUAUUCCAUCAAUCGAUGCGGCAGUUAAGAUUGACAGCCCACAAGAACCAGUCGUGAGGAAUAACGGGAUAUAUCAAGGUCUUGUAUCGGAUGAAUAUCCAAACCUCCUGCUGCCACCAAAUGCCCUCCCUUCAAUACAUGUCAAGGUUUCGUCAUCACGACUUCGGCCGUCCAGAAAUAGCUAUAUGGCUUCUAGGCAAUCGGAGGAAGAACCUGUAUUCACGUUGGGCAUAUUUUCAAGAUCCGAAAACAUGGAGCUUUGGCGCACUGAAAAGGUUAUCGCUGCUCUUCCUCAACUCGAUCAACAGAUGCGACAAUUGUCGUCUUUUGGAGGAAAGUUGCCUGAACGGUCCAUUUUUAGCGGACAUUCUCCCGCCAAAGUUGACACUAGACGUGCCGCGUUGAAUGCCUACUUUGAAGCUCUCCUUGAUACCCCGAUGGACGACAAGGCGGCGUUGGUCAUAUGUCAAUUCCUUACAUCAGAUGCCAUUGAACCCCGAGAUGAUGAGAUGAGUCUACUGAGAGGUAAUCACCAAGCUGGUGCCGAAAUCUUACGUGGACCAGAUGGUAAACCGAGGAAGGAGGGGUAUCUAACAAAACGAGGAAAGAACUUCGGCGGCUGGAAAGCACGAUAUUUCGUCUUGCAUAGCCCCGAGCUAAAAUAUUUCGAGUCUCCAGGCGGUCCUCAUCUUGGUACGAUCAAAUUGUACAACGCGCAAAUUGGCAAGCAAUCGCAGAAUGCAAGCGGUCGGAAUAGCUCACCGUCCCACACCGAGGAGGACUCCGACAACCAGUAUCGCCAUGCUUUCCUCAUUUUGGAGCCCAAGCGCAAGGACUCGUCAGCUCUUGUUCGCCAUGUACUGUGUGCUGAGAGUGACGAAGAAAGAGAUACCUGGGUGGACGCACUUCUUGAAUAUGUUGAUGGUCAGUCUGAGAACGAUGGUCUCAAUAGUCCUGCAAAGUCGCUGCCAUCAGCAACCUCAAAGCAGCAGACUAGUUCUGCUGCCAAACCGAAACUAUUCUCAAAUGGCGGAAAGAAGACAGACAAAGGAAUCGACAAUCCAGACACUGAAGGCGCUGAUGCUGCAGUUCAGGGCUUCAGUUACGAUGAUGCUGUUCCUGCCGAGCCACCUGUCCUUGGGCCAUCGUUUGAUCGACAGAUCCCCAAGUCCCCGAUAGCCUCUACAGGACCUUCAGUCGAUACUGCAGAUUCCGGUCCAGACCAUGGUCAGUCUUCAUCUAGGCUCAUCUCCGGCCCUACCAAUGGAGCUGUAAUCCAGGACGCGGGAGCUUGGGGCAACAAAGCAGCUACGAGCGUUAAGGAAAAGAAACGCAGUAUUUGGGGUUUCCGCACAAGGUCGUCUGUUGACCUUGCUACUCAGCUCCAGGCUUGCCAUGAUUCUUCGCUGGCUCCCGUGCAGAACAAUAUUGAGAAGCGAGAGUUCGUCCGGCCAGUGUUUGGCUUGCCCUUGGCUGAAGCCGUACAGUUUUGCGCACCACAAGGAAUAGAUGCUGAUUUACCUGCGGUUGUAUAUCGUUGCAUAGAAUAUCUCAGAGCUAGAGGUGCUGAGUCAGAGGAAGGAAUCUUCCGGUUGAGCGGGUCGAAUCUUGUUGUCAAGGCACUCAAGGAGAGGUUCAAUACUGAAGGCGAUGUGGACUUUCUCGCAGAUGACCAGUAUCAUGAUGUACAUGCCGUCGCCUCCCUUUUCAAGCAAUACCUACGCGAACUUCCCACCACGGUUUUGACCCGCGAACUUCAUCUAGAGUUCUUGCGGGUACUCGAACUUCAUGAAAAACAAAAGAAGAUCGCCGCUUUCAAUCACCUUGUUCACCGACUCCCUCAGCCAAACCUGGCCUUGCUGCGCGCGUUGGUCCAGUUCUUGAUUGUUAUUGUAAACAACUCUGAUGUCAAUAAGAUGACUAUCAGAAAUGUUGGUAUUGUCUUUGCUCCUACCUUGAACAUCCCAGCGCCCGUCUUCUCAAUGUUCCUCACCGACUUCGAAGACAUCUUUGAUGGGGUGCUCAAGACUCCUGCUGAAACGUUGGAGCCGGAUGUCAAUUAUUCUCCUUCCCAUGAAGAAUUCCGGUACCCCAUUCGUCAGGUUGCUCCGGAGGCAUCCACGCCAGGUUAUGGUCAGACUACAUUCGGUGAACAUUCAGGCGGCAUGGAUGGCUUUUACCUGCAGAAUAAUAAAGGCUCUGUAUCCAACAGUCAUGAUCGUUCUACUGGAAGUGGGCCGGAUGAAUAUACCAUUGGCCAUUCAAGCUCGCCGUCCUUGAACAGGAUGUUGUCGCCGAAUAUUGACAACUCUCGUUCGGCUAAGGCGAAGAGGAGGGAGAGCUCUCUCUUGUUCAUGGAAGUCAACCAUCAGGACUUUCCUGCAUCGCUCCAUGGUGAAAACGUUUGACGCAGCUUGUAUGUGAAUAAUUACGAUUAUGGCGUGCUCCAAUGGGCUCUCACGUCAUAUUAAGCGUUGUGUUAUCAUGAAUUCCUUUUAAGCCU